AUGGUUGUAGCAAAUAAGAAAUUUGCAAUUAAAAUCCAACAUGAAACUAAACCCUUGUUAGAAAUGUUGAAAAACAAGGAUUCUUGGGAUGAGGUCAAAAAAGUGAUGGAGGAAAUUGUUGUUGAGAAAAAUGAACCAAAGACUAUUGCAAAUUUUGAAGAUAUCCCAGAGGAUUUUGAGUUUAGAAAAUUGUGGAAUAUAGAGAAUCCCUCUAAAGCAUAUGAUGGUAGUGAUGAAUUUGAUGAUGAUAGAGAUACUGAUAGUGAUAAUGAGAUAGCCUCAGGUCACACUACAACAACUACUGCAAACUGUGCAAAAACAUCUAUUUUGAGUGAGACCGUGAAACAAACAUAUACUUUAGGGGCAGCGAUAAUAGAAAAAAUGGGUUAUCAAGGUGGUGGUUUGGGGUCCAAAGGGAAAGGCCCUUGGACGCCACUGGAGGUAAAACCAAGAAAAACUACAAAUCAUCGAGGCAUUGGAGUUGCAUCAAUAGGGAAAGGUAAUACUUAUAAACCUAAACCUCAUUUUGCUAGAGCUUCAAUUCUCGACACUCGGAUUCAAUCACAACCAGAACAUGGUGGUGAAUCAGGUGCUACUUCCACUGGUGGGGAUGGUAUGGGUACUAGUACUAGUUGUGGUCAAUAA